GUAGGAGGCGUACCCAUGGGUUAAGAGGUAAAUGAUCUUCUUGACAGAAGAGAGUUGAAGGAUGAUGGCUUCGUUCCAGCGCUCCAAUAGUCAUGAUAAAGUAAGAAGAAUAGUUGCAGAGGAGGGUCGUACAGCAAGAAACCUAAUAGCCUGGAGCGUUCCCCUAGAAAGCAAAGAUGAUGAUGGAAAACCUAAAUGUCAAACAGGCGCAAAAUCUAAGCGGACCAUUCAAGGUGCUCAUAAAACUACUAAACAGAAUACCGCAGGAGACUGUAAAAUAACAUCCACAACUGGAGAUAAACACUUUGACAAAAGUCCUACCAAGGCCAGGCAUCCUCGGAAAAUUGAUCUGCGAGCUCGCUACUGGGCAUUCCUUUUUGACAAUCUUCGGCGGGCUGUAGAUGAAAUCUAUGUGACUUGUGAAUCAGAUCAGAGUGUGGUGGAAUGCAAGGAAGUAUUGAUGAUGCUGGAUUACUAUGUGAGAGACUUCAAAGCACUGAUUGACUGGAUUCAACUCCAGGAGAAGCUAGAGAAGACAGAUGCCCAAAGCAGACCAACAUCACUGGCAUGGGAGGUCAAGAAGAUGUCUCCAGGACGCCAUGUGAUUCCCAGCCCAUCAACAGACAGAAUAAAUGUGCCAUCCAGUGCUCGAAGAAGCUUAAAUUUUGGGGGUCCACCUGGCACUGUGGCCGCCCCACGUCUGGCGCCGACAGGCGUCAGUUGGGCUGACAAGGUAAAGGCUCAUCACACAGGCUCUGCUGCUUCCUCAGAUGUUGCGCCUGCUCCACCCUGCCCACCUGUGCCGGUGCAGAGGACUGCCCGCAAAAAUGACCGUAAAGAUGCUGAAGGAUGGGAAACUGUUCAGAGAGGAAGGCCAGUUCGUUCUCGAUCAACAGCAGUCAUGCCAAAAGUUUCUCCAGCAACAGAAGCCUCCAAGUCAAAGGAUGACAGCGAUAAGGAGAAUAUUUGUCUUUUACCUGAGGAUGACACAGAGAAAGGGGGCUUUGUGGAACAUGGACCUGCUAAUCAUACAGAUGCUCGGCCCAAAGACUCAUACUCUUCCGAGCACCCGCUUAUUGAUAGAGCCCAGUUCAUGGUGAGCCCCGUGGAUAAUGGGAGGAAUUCUAGCAGUGGUGAAGAUGCUUCCAUGUCAGUUCUUGACAUGCCUGCUGCUCACCUGAAUGCAGUGUGUGUUUCGGGAACUCAGUCAAGGGACACCCCUUCUUUGCCACCAGAUGAGACUGCAGUUCAGGCAGAACACACAAGGAUAGACACAGAAAUGGACCCUUCAGACAUUUCAAAUUCCAUGGCAGAAGUCCUUGCUAAAAAAGAAGAGCUAGCAGAUCGCUUGGAAAAGGCCAACGAAGAAGCCAUUGCUAGUGCCAUUGCUGAAGAAGAGCAGCUGACUAGAGAAAUCGAAGCUGAGGAAAACAAUGACAUUAAUAUUGAAACCGACAAUGACAGUGAUUUUUCUGCCAGCAUGGGCACUGGGAGUGUGUCUUUCUGUGGUUUGUCUAUGGACUGGAAUGAUGUCCUUGCGGAUUAUGAAGCUCGAGAAUCUUGGCGUCAGAAUACAUCAUGGGGGGACAUUGUAGACGAAGAGCCCGCCAGACUCCCAGGGCAUGGCAUUCACAUGCACGAAAAACUGUCCUCGCCAUCUCGGAAGAGAACAAUUGCAGAAUCCAAGAAGAAAUAUGAAGAAAAGCACAUGAAAGCACAGCAGCUGCGGGAAAAGUUACGUGAAGAGAAAACAUUAAAGCUUCAGAAAUUACUAGAAAGGGAGAAGGAUGUCCGAAAGUGGAAGGAAGAACUACUAGAUCAGCGACGCAGGAUGAUGGAAGAGAAAUUACUUCAUGCUGAAUUCAAACGGGAAGUGCAGUUACAAGCAAUUGUGAAAAAAGCGCAAGAGGAGGAAGCUAAGGUAAACGAAAUUGCCUUCAUAAAUACCCUUGAAGCCCAGAAUAAACGCCACGAUGUCUUAUCAAAAUUGAAGGAAUAUGAGCAAAGACUUAAUGAGUUACAGGAAGAGCGUCAGAGAAGACAAGAAGAAAAGCAAGCACGCGAUGAAGCCGUGCAGGAACGCAAGAGAGCUCUGGAGGCAGAACGGCAGGCCCGCGUGGAGGAGCUGCUGAUGAAGAGGAAGGAACAAGAAGCCCGGAUUGAGCAGCAACGCCAGGAGAAGGAGAAGGCCCGAGAAGAUGCAGCCCGGGAACGAGCUAGGGACAGAGAGGAGCGGCUAGCAGCGCUCACAGCUGCUCAGCAAGAGGCGAUGGAAGAGCUGCAGAAGAAGAUCCAGCACAAGCAUGACGAAAGCAUCCGGAGACACAUGGAGCAGAUUGAGCAGAGGAAGGAGAAGGCAGCCGAGCUGAGCAGCGGGCGGCACGCAAACACCGACUACGCCCCCAAACUGACCCCGUACGAGAGGAAGAAGCAGUGCUCGCUCUGCAACGUGCUGAUCUCUUCUGAGGUAUAUCUCUUCAGCCACAUUAAAGGGAAGAAGCAUCAGCAAGUGGUGAGGGAGAACAGCAGCAUCCAGGGGCGAGAGCUGUCCGACGAGGAAGUGGAGCAUCUUUCCUUGAAGAAGUAUGUUGUUGACAUUGUGGUUGAAAGUACAGCUCCACCAGAGUCUUUGAAAGAUGGGGAAGAGCGGCAGAAAAACAGAAAAAAAGCCAAAAAGAUAAAAGCCCGGAUGAAUUCCAGGGCCAAGGAAUAUGAGAGUUUAAUGGAAACAAGAAAUUGUGGGUCUGAUUCACCUUACAAGGCAAAGCUUCAACGAUUAGCCAAAGAUCUUCUAAAGCAACUACAAGUUCAAGAUAGUGGCACAUGGGCAAAUAAUAAGGUUUCAGCUUUGGAUCGGACCCUGGGCGAGAUUGCCAGAAUAUUGGAGAAGGAGAAUGUAGCAGAUCAGAUCGCAUUUCACGCCGCUGGUGGAUUAACUGCCCUGGAACACAUCCUUCAAGCCCUUCUCCCUGCUACAAACGUGAACACGGUCUCCCGAAUUCCUCCCAAGUCGCUUUGCAAUGCAAUCAACGUUUACAACCUCACCUGCAGUAACUGUUCAGAAAACUGCACCGACGUUCUGUUCAGUAAUAAGAUGACCUUCUUAAUGGACCUCCUGAUGCACCAGCUGACGGUUUAUGUUCCAGAUGAAAAUAAUGCUAUUUUGGGAAGAAACACAAAUAAACAAGUUUUUGAAGGCUUGACAACUGGCCUUCUCAAAGUCAGUGCUGUGGUUUUGAGCUGCCUGAUUGCCAAUCGACCAGAUGCAAACAGCCGGCCAGCAACACCAAAAAUAUCAACACAGGAAAUGAGAAACAACCCCUCACAAGGCGAUGCUUUCAACAGCCGCAUUCAGGAUCUUAUCAGCUACGUGGUGAACAUGGGCCUGAUUGACAAACUGCAAGGUUGCUUCCUGUCCGUACAAGGCCCAGUAGACGAGAAUCCCAAGAUGGCCAUGUUCCUGCAGCAUGCCACAGGACUCUUACACGGAAUGUGUACACUGUGCUUUGCUAUCACUGGAAGGUCCUACGGCAUAUUUGACAGUAAUCGCCAGGAUCCCACGGGGCUCACAGCAGCACUGCAGGCCACAGACCUGGCUGGAGUGCUCCACAUGCUCUACUGCGUGCUCUUCCACGGUGCCUCUGCCGACCCCAGCACUGCUAGUCCGAAGGAGAAUUACACACAGAACACCAUCCAGGUCGCCAUUCAGAGUCUACGAUUCUUCAAUAGCUUUGCGGUUCUUGAUCUGUCUGCUUUCCAGUCUAUUGUAGGGGCUGAGGGCUUGUCCCUUGCCUUCAGGCACAUGGCCAGCUCCCUGCUGGGCCACUGCAGCCAGGUCUCCUGCGAGAGCCUCCUUCACGAAGUCAUCGUCUGUGUGGGCUACUUCACCGUCAACCACCCAGAUAACCAGGUAAUCGUACAGUCGGGCCGCCACCCCACGGUGCUACAGAAACUCUGCCAGCUGCCUUUCCCGUACUUCAGCGACCCCCGGCUCAUCAAAGUACUCUUCCCCUCACUUCUCGCUGCCUGUUACAACAACCGUCAGAACAAGGUCAUCCUGGAGCAGGAGAUGAGCUGUGUCUUACUGGCCACCUUCAUUCAGGACUUUGCACAGACUCCCGGCCAGGCAGAGAACCAGACUUCCCAGCCCAAAGGAAAGCACCUUGUGUCCCACAACUACCUUGAACUGGCCAAUAGAUUUCCUCAACACGCCUGGGAAGACGCGCGGCAGUUUUUCUUGGAAAAAGAGAAGCAAUAAAAGUCUGCGCUGGUUCUGUUUGCACCCCUUUGCCGACGGUUUCAGGCAGGGUCUCUGGAGGGACCUGGCUCCCAGCACUGUAGAUAUGGUAUAUAUUUUUUGUUCUAUUUAUAAUGGUGUAGAUACUUCCCUCUUCUUCCUAAUUUUGCAAGUUGAUUUCAUUUCUGCCCAAUGUUUUUUGCAGUUUGUUAACUUCCUUUCUAUGAUUACAAUAUACAUAAUUCCCGUUUGUAAUAUGGCCGCGAUUAGACGACGUUAUUAGCAAGUCUGUUUUGUUGUAAUAAAGUAACUUAUUCUGUU